GGAAGGCCACAUAGCUAGAUAUUGCUCUCAACUUCGUCAACAACCAAGAGAAACUAAUAGAAGAUCUCAAGAAUAUUAUGAAGAAGGCGAAUAUGAAGUCUAUCUUAAUACUAGGUCUGGACCUUACCUAAAGAAUGCUGUGUCAAAAAAUAAACGAAGACCAGUAAAGUUUCAAAAUCCACCCAAAAUAACUGUUGAAGAAUUAGAAAUGAAAGAACCAACACCAGAACCUGUGGUCGAACCA